AGAGAGAGAGAGGGAGAGGGAGGGGGGAAUCGAAGGGUUAGGGUUAGGGUUAGGGUUAGGGAUCGAGCGAGCGAAGAUGAUGAUGACGAAGAGCUCGAUGGGGGCGAUGGACGGGGCGGUGCUCGACGACGUGCUGCGGCGGCUCCUCGACGGCGGGCGCGGCGGCGGGGGGCGGCAGGUGCAGCUGUCGGAGGCGGAGAUCCGCCAACUCUGCGUCGAGGCGAAGCGCGUCUUACUUGACGAGCCCUCUCUCGUCGAAAUCGCCGCCCCCGUUAAGAUCUGCGGUGAUAUACACGGUCAGUUCGCAGACCUUCUGAGGUUGUUUGAGUGUGGCGGCUUCCCUCCUACUUCAACUUAUAUAUUUCUUGGAGACUAUGUGGAUAGAGGCAAACAAAGCUUGGAGACAAUAUGUUUACUUCUGGCAUACAAAAUCAAGUACCCUGACAAAAUCUUUCUCCUCAGAGGAAACCAUGAAGAUGCAAAAAUCAACAGAGUCUAUGGUUUUUACGAUGAAUGCAAACGAAGGUUCAAUGUUAGGCUAUGGAAGAUAUUCUGUGAUUGCUUCAAUUGCUUGCCUAUUGCAGCAAUAAUUGAUCAAAAGAUACUGUGUAUGCAUGGUGGCCUUUCGCCAGAAUUGAAUAGUUUAGAUCAAUUAAGGGAAAUAACCAGGCCUACUGAGAUUCCCGAUUAUGGCCUUCUUUGCGAUUUGCUUUGGUCUGAUCCUGAUUCUGACGUUCAAGGUUGGGGUACGAGUGAUAGAGGAGUUUCCUGUACUUUUGGUGCCGAUAAGCUUGUAGAGUUCUUGGAGAAGAAUGAACUUGAUCUUAUAUGCCGAGCUCAUCAAGUAGUGGAAGACGGAUAUGAGUUCUUUGCACAAAGGAGAUUAGUUACAAUAUUCUCAGCCCCGAACUAUUGUGGCGAAUUCGACAAUGCGGGUGCUUUGUUGAGCAUAGAUGAAUCUCUCUUGUGCUCAUUCGAGAUAUUGAAACCCCUCGAGUACAAUAAAUCUAAGGCAGGCGGGGCAAGUACCAUGAGACCAGUACCUAAGAAGUUGCCGAAAGCCGGAAAUGCUUGAAGCCUCUCCGAUUUACUUAAAUUGGCAUCAUCAGCUCAAGGGGAGAGAUCUGAAAGGGUUUGGAUCCACCGGAGCUUGCUUUAGUUCUUUUCUGUUUAUUCGUCUGCUUAGUCUGGUAGAUUUUGUAGCCAAAUUCAACAUCCUUUGAACCAUCUGGAAAUUGAAGUGCAUCUACGGUUCCAGGAAAAAAAAAAAGAAAAUCGGAGGAAAAAUCAUCUGUAAAGUAGAAUCUAAUGCUUUCUCAUUGUGUACAGCAGCAAUCGUUCAGCAUUAUUCAAUUUUAUAUCUCGUCUUCAUCAUUCACUAUCUGACCUCGACACUGAUGUUUCGUGUAGAAAUUGCCUUUUUUCGUGUGUAAGAUACUGGUUUUUCUGAUUGAUGUGAUCCAAGUUCUUGUUUGUCUGUGAUGAAUUGUACGAUUUGAACUACAUGCGUGGUUGAUUCAUCCUACCGAUGUAUAUGAAUUCUGAUUGAGACUUUCAUGUUUUGCCUGUUA